CACGACCCCCCCCCGGCCACGCUGACGACGGCGUCUGUCUCCGCCCGUGUUUUGCAUGCAUUCAUCUGUCUGCUCACACCCAUCCACUCUCCAAUGCCGUGAAUCCACCUGCUCCAUCCCUCUCCGCCAUCAUGCUCAGCGGCCCGCCUAGGAUCAUUCCCUUCGUCUUUGUCUUUCUCGCCCUCACCUUGGUGUGGUGGUACCUGCAUGCUGUCCCUGGUGCAGGUCCGUCAUUGGCAACAUGGAAGCCCUCACCACCGGCCAACCGUCCCUCGCUGCGCGGCGACCCUCUCGACUUUGGCCUGCCCCUGCGCUUCUCAGACCCUGUGCGCAAGCCUCCGGGAAGCAACUACACGUACAAGAUUGUCGUCCCCAAGACCCAGAAGGAGGACAUUAGCUGGAUGGAGACCGAGAUUCCCGAUGCGCCCCUCGUAGUCUACGAAGUCGACAAUCCCGAUGCCGAGCACAAGAUCCCCAAGAAUAAGGGCCGCGAGGCAAUGGUGUACCUCUCCUACAUCAUCGACCAUUACAACGACCUUCCCGACACCGUCAUCUUCAUGCACGCCCACCGCCACGCAUGGCACAACAACAUGCUCCUCGGCCUCGACGCUGCCCAGAUGAUCAAGCGUCUCAACCACGACCGUGUCGCCCGCAUGGGCUACAUGAAUGUGCGCUGCCACCACGAACCCGGCUGUCCCGACUGGAUACACAUGGACCGUCCCGGCGGCGACUUUGACUUCUUCCGUAAACCCGAGGAAAUCUAUUGGCGAAAGGAGGUCUGGGAGGAGAUCCACCCCGGCGCGCCCAUCCCGCCCUCCAUCUCGGGAAUCUGCUGCGCCCAAUUCGCCGUCUCGCGCCAGCGCAUCCAAGAAGUGCCCAUUGAGCGCUUCAUCCACUACCGCAAAUGGCUCCUGACAACCGGCAUGGACGAUCAGUUUUCCGGCCGCAUCUUCGAAUACAUCUGGCACUACAUCUUCACCGGCCACGAAGUACACUGUCCAGCCAUGAAUACAUGCUACUGCGACGGCUACGGCUACUGCUUUGGUGGCCUGGCUAAAUUCAACGAAUACUUUAAGAAACAAGAUGCGCGCAACGAAAAGUUUACCGAAUACGACGGCUACCAGAAGAAGGAAAAAGAGGCGGAGAAGGACGGCAAAGACUCUCCCCUCACUGAAGACGAGAAGAAGAGAUUUGGCGAGCUCAGGGCCCAGCUUUUGGUUAUGGACCGCGAACUCGACGAGCUGAGAGAUGCGGCGAGGAAGAGGGGCGACGACCCUAAAGCUAGAAAGGAAGAGACCGAGUCGUACGAUUCGAGUCACAUUUGGGACUAUGCUCCGCAUGACAACUGAAUGAACAUUUGAUGAUUAUGCAUGCUUGCGGCAUGUAGGGCGAAUAAAAACAACAGGCGUUCAGAUGGUGUUUUCUUGCGAGAUUAAUAGCACCACAUACGGGGGUUUUGUUUCCCUGACCCGGACAUGGAUUGAGCAUGGGGCAUACAUGACGUUACCUAGAUACCUUAGUUAUAUAUAUAUACAUAUUUGUUUCAUUGUAUGAUAGAUCUCAAAUCUG